AAUUCGAAGCUUCUCAUCCCCUAUCCAAUUCCAAAUCCAAAAACCCCUCCCCUGUUUUCUCUGUAGUGAUGCAGCUCUUCUCAAAGUCACUUACUUCCACUGAUGUCCGCAAGAGAUUAGCCAUCCCCACCAAAAUUAUGACCUUCUUGUUACCCAACAGAGGCGACCACUUGGUGGAAUUGCACGUCCGGCAUGGAACCACCGGCGACGUUGUGACACUUUACAAGGAGGAAGAUGAAGCAGGGUUUUUGGAUUACAAGAUCGAAGUGAAGAGAGCAGAUAAGCCAUCUCCUAAGCAUUCCAGUGCCACCGUCGGCGAUUUACCGUCAGGUAACGCCGGCGAAGCUACUUGUAAAUCACAUCGCAGGUUUGAAGAUAGUGUAGCCAAGCGAUUUGGUGUUGCAGAUGAGAAAGUAGAAAAACGCUCUCUCAAGGCAUUUGGGGUUCAUGUCUUUGAGAAUCGCCCACCGGCGGACACCUCCUCCUAUGAAGCGACCGCCGGAAAAGCAGAGAUUACGGCCAGGGAGGAGAAAGAAUACUACAAGAAUUCUGAAGGGCUCAGUCUAGAUUUGACUCUUGCGCCGCCCACAGUAAUUGGCCCAAGAUAAAUUCUGUAGCUCAUGGCCGCCAUAGCCCAAUCAAAAACAUUGUCAGUCGGUUUCGGUUACAGCCAUAUUAUAGUUUGGUAAAUGCUUGAACAUAUUCAUGCUUAUUUUGAUGUAUCUUAUAGUGUAUUUAGUUUGAAGAGGAGAAAAAAUUUAUUAAUUAAAU